AUGUUCUCCCUGCCCGCCCUCCCCUCCUGGCUCCCCGGUCUCCCCUCCCUCGAGUGGGGCUCCAGCCUCCUCGACAGCUUCCUGCAAGGCCUCAUCGGGGCCUGUGGGGUCUCCGUCCUGAGCAGCCUCCUGAAGGUCUACUUCUUCGUGGGCUGUGUCAAUGAUGCCGCGUGGCGACCCCAGAAGGAGCGGCUGCAGGCCCAGUGGGCCUUGCUGGAAACGGUGCACGUGGCAGGGCUGGCCCUGUUUCUGGCUGUCGUGGGGGUCCGGGUGGCUGCCCUGGUGGUACUCGAGUUCUCCCUCCGUGCUGUAUCCACGCUGCUAGCCCUGGGCAAGGGCCCACAAGACGCCAAGGACAGGCUGCUGCUGUUCCUGCUGUGCCAGUACUCGCUGGGCUGCGGGCUCACCUGCGGCCUGAGCUUCCUGCACGAGGGCUCCCCCCACCGCACGCUCAACCUGCUGCUGGGCCUCGGGCUGGCUGCGCUGCUCGCCUCGGGUGCUCGGUGCCUCCGCCGCCACGUCUGCCGCCUCUACGAGCUGCACAGUGGCCAGCGCUCCUGCGGCAUCUGCCUGGGCCUGCUGGCAGGCGCCCACGGCCUCCCCUGGCUGCUGGGCCGCGCCCUGACCAUGGCCUUCGCGGUGGGCAACAUGGCGGCGGUGGCUCUCAUCAACCAGGACUUCUUGACCACCUCGGAGGCCAUGCGUUUCUGGAUGCCACUCACCAUCUGCUACACACUUCUGGUCAUUUACAUGCAAGAGGAACAGCGGCACAACCCGGGUCUGCAGGGCCAAGUGCAGACAGUGCUGGUGCGCAUGGGCAGCCUCUUCGUGCUGCUGCUGACCGUGGGCCGCUGGCUGGACCUCCUGGGCGUGCUCAUCUCGCUGCUGGCGGAACUCUGGUGCCUGGUGGGCGUCCGCACGCUGCUCGACCUCUGCCAAGUCCAGGAUUUCCCAUCCCAGAGGCCACCAAAGUCAACUCCAAGCCAGGCUCCGCCCUCUGCACCUGCCCAGCCCCGAGAGACUGCAUCCCCCUGA